CUGCCAGGCUUUGUUUCCUCACGGCUUUAUUUAUUUAUUUAUUUAUUUACAGAGAGCAGGUGAAUGAAACGGUCGGACCCCCGCUGUGACGGACGUUACUUUGGCUUCGGCUCAGGAAGAAUCCUGCAGGAGGAGGCCAGGCCCCGCCCCUCUGUGUCCGAACUUGCAGGUAGAUUCAAAGGUUCGACUCAGCCGGACAACGAAGCUAAUAAACCAGUCAGACGACGACCACCUCGGACCCUACAGAUUCCAAAACCCUCCAKCGAGGAUCAGGCUCCGCCUCCCAACACGUCUCCUCAGAAAGUCAAGAGGAACUCUGCUCUGAUCGAGAAGCUCCAGGCCAACCUCGCUCUCUCUCCCACGUCGGCGCCUCUGAAGAGCCCCGGCCUCAGAGUCCUGCCUCUCGCCUUCACGCCACCCUCCCCUGGCCCUGCCUCUGCUACCCAGGUAACUACACCGUCCUCGGCCACGCCCACCAGCCCCAUUUCCACCUCUCCGUUAACAGAAGAAGGCCCCGCCUCCUUUGAAGCUCCUCCCACUGCAGCAGAUGGAAAUAUCCUGCAGAGCAUCAACAAGAGCAGAGCUCGGGGCUCAAUUCGCCGACCUCCGUCCCGCCGCCACAGGAAGUCGAGUGUUGGAGACGAGGUCAGCGACGGCGACGUCACUAAAGUGAUCUCCCAGACUGAGGGGGAGGAGACAGGAGGAGGAGGAGGAGGAGGAGGAGGAGGUUUUCAACAAGGAUGUUCAGACAGAUUCUUCACCUCCUGAGAAAACUGAGGAGGAGGAGAUGAAGAUCAGCUGUGAAGAAGAGGAGGGAGGAUUGUCUUCACACCUGAGAGAGGAAGAGG